AUGAAUGAACCAGUGUUAGUUAGUUUUGAAAUACCAAAAACUCUACAAAUAAUCAAUGGAAAGAAUAUUUUCAAGAAAGAUAUUAAUAAAUUUAUUAUUCCAUCUUCAAUUACUAAAUUAGGAGAAUAUUGUUUUUAUCAAUGUUCAUCAUUAACUUCAAUUAACAUACCAUCAUCAAUUAAUGAAAUAGGGUAUUAUUGUUUUUAUGAAUGCUGUUCAUUAAUAUCAAUUAAUAUACCAUCAACAAUAAGUAAAUUAGGAAUUUGUUGUUUUAAAGAAUGUUAUUCAUUAAAAUCAAUUAACAUACCAGCAUCUGUGAGUGAAAUAGGAGAUUAUUGUUUUUAUGAAUGUUCAUCAUUGACAUCGGUGAGUGUAGACAAUCUACAAUUUGUAAGUAAAGAAAGAAUAUUUAUGAAUGAACCAGUGUUAGUUAGUAUUAAAAUACCAGAUAAUCUAGAAAUAAUCAAUGGAAAGAAUAUUGAAAAGAAAGAUACUAAUGAAUUUAUUAUUCCAUCAUCAAUUACUAAGUUAGGUGAUUGGUGUUUUAAUAAAUGUUCAUCAUUAAAAUCAAUUCAUAUACCAACAUCAAUUAGUGAAAUAGGAGAUUGGUGUUUUAAUGAAUGUUCAUCAUUAACAUCAAUUAAUAUUCCAUCAUCAAUUAGUAAAUUAGGAGAUGAAUGUUUUAAUUAUUGUUUAUCAUUAAAAUCAAUUAAUAUACCAUCAUCAAUUAUUAAAUUAGGUGAUGAUUGUUUUAGAGAAUGUUCAUCAUUGACAUCAAUUAACAUACCAUCAUCAAUUAAUGAAAUAGGAUAUAAUUGUUUUCAAGGAUGUUCAUCAUUAAAAUCAAUUAAUAUUCCAUCAACAAUUACAUCAUUUGGAAAUGGAUGUUUUUACAGAUGUAGAUGUGAAAAAGAAUUAAAGAAAAAUAAAAGAAUACCAAGAAAAUGUUUUAAAUGA